ACUUAAUAUUCCCCCAGCCCGUCAGUAGCAAAAACUAAAUAGGGCAACAAAUCCCUCUUUGCGGUACUGAAAGAGCUGUGGCCGGUGAGUUUAUCCCUCUCUCUCGUCGGAGAGACGAAGAAGAUAACAUACAGAGAGAGAGAGAGAGAGAGCGGAAUGGGACGAGAAGGAGAUUGGGAGUGUAGUAGCUGCGGUAAUAAGAAUUAUGCCUUCAGAUGUUUCUGCAAUAGGUGUAAGCAGCCUCGUCUCCUUGUUGACAACAAAACUCCUCAUGAUUCAAAGUGGUUUCCUCGAAUUGGCGAUUGGAUCUGCACUGAAUUUGUUGCAUUUGAGCCCAAGGUCUUCGAAAGUAGUCUAUCUACCUGUGGUGGUAAGGUCUGCAUACAAUGUACCUUCCCAGACCUCAGUUGUGAGAUUUCAGUAGAUAUGUGGUUGUUUACCAAAUAUAGUGGAGGUUGCACUAACAACAAUUAUGCAUCAAGAGAGAAGUGCAAAAAAUGUGGACAACCAAAGGAGGUAGCAGCAAUGCCAGCAAUUGCAAUCCCUGGAGCAUCUCUCCCAUCUCAUCCAAAUUAUUUUGCCAGGACACAAGGAGGUAUGGAACAAAGGUUGAAAAUUGGGUUCUUAGGACAUGGAGCUCUCCAACAACUUCCCUUGAGCUCUAACUGGUCUCUAGGGGAGGCUGGUCAAUACCAAAGCCAGCCUGCUGAUCGGUAUAGACUGCUGCAAACUCCUGGAGUUCCAUAUGCAAGCCAAACGAAUCAGCUGCUUCCAGUUCCAAAUGGAUGGCGUAAUGGUGACUGGCUCUGCAGUUGUGGCUUUCACAACUACUCUUCUCGAGCUCAGUGCAAAAAAUGCAAUGCUUCUGCACCUCCAGCUUCAUCGUCUUCUCUUGCCACUACCCCUAUUACAGCUCUUGGAACAAAGCGAUUAGCAUCUGAGGAACUUGUUCAUGAUUGGGACAACAAGAGGCUGAAUGCAGGACAUACAUUUGGGUAUCAACAAGGCUAUCCAGGAGCAGAAUGGAUGGGGGAUUCAGGGGGAAAUCAACUAACUGCAAUCCCAACGAUCUUCCUUAAUGAAAAUUCAAUGGUGCUUCCUUUGCAAGCCAACAUGCAGAUUCCUCGUGUACCAGCAGCACCUACACUCCUUGGUAAAGGAUUGUGUUGUUGCAUGUUUUUAUCAGGGCAAAGCAAUGGCGUGAUGGGGACUGGAUGUGCACUAAUUGCAGUAAUCAUAAUUACGCUUCUCGAUCAAAUUGUAAUAGGUGCAAAAGUGAGAGAGACGUACCAACUCAACCUGUUACUGUUGCAUAGAAUUUGAGUUAUAACCAACUUGAAUUUGUUGUAGCUUUACAAGAUACAUUGGUAUCCUCCUUUAAACUUUUUAUCAUGUUGUGUGUAGUUUUAGCAGAUAUGGUGAACAUCGAAUGAGGUAUAUUAGUAGAUAUGGUGUAAAUUUGUUGUUUUACCAGUUUUGCUUCAGGUGACCGAGGUACUCAAGAGAAUAGUAUCAGUAUGUUCUCUAUUUUCUCAUUGAACUGUUUCUUCAAAUACUCUUAGACUGAUAUUGCAAUCUGUAUCAACUUGAGUCAUCUGAUAUAUUUAUAUUGAAUCGUCUGUAUUCCUGGUGAAAA